GCUUAACCAGUCAGAUUUAAUAAACACAGUUAACUUCAUUUAGUUCUUCUCUAUCAAGACAAGAAGAACUGCUAGUUGUGCAUUAUUAAGCUGCAAGUAACGAGCUAGCAUUUACAGUGUCUCUAGUUCUUAAGGAAAUAUUCAGUAUAACCAUUCAGUUCUGCUCGUUACACUUACAAAUGGGUAACACUAAAGAAGCUAUUGGAAUGUCAUCCUCUGUUGAGUGGAGGAUUCAGGUUGAUGAUGGCUCAAAGGAGAUUUUGGUACCUGAAUCAAAGAAUGGUUUUCAGAGAUUUUUAGCAGCAUUGAAAGGAUUGAUUGUGAAUUUUACGUUAAAAAUCUGUAAUUUCUUCAAGAAGGCGUGGAAAAUAGGUGUAGAUGACCCCAGAAAAGUUGCUCAUUGUCUAAGAGUGGGGGUGGCUCUCUGUGUCGUCUCGCUCUUUUACUAUAUGAGACCUUUAUAUGAAGGUGUUGGUGGGAAUGCUAUUUGGGCAGUUAUGACAGUUGUUGUAGUCUUCGAGUACACUGUUGGUGCCACUCUUUAUAAAAGCUUGAACAGAAUCUGUGCAACUGGUCUUGCUGGAUUUCUGGCAAUUGGGAUCCAUUGGGUCGCCAGUCAGUCGGGAACAAAAAUUGAGCCUUUUAUUUUAGGAGCUUCAGUUUUCUUGCUAGCUUCUGCAGCAACUUUUUCUAAAUUCAUUCCAGUGGUGAAAGCACGAUUUGAUUAUGGUGUUACUAUCUUCAUCCUCACAUUCAGUUUAGUAUCUGUAUCGGGCUAUCGAGUGGAGAAACUGAUAGAUAUGGCUCAUCAGAGAUUAGCAACUAUCAUCAUAGGAACUGCCCUAUGCAUGGUCGUAGCCAUGGUUGUAUAUCCCAUUUGGGCUGGCGAGGAGCUUCAUUUUCUCAUAAUCCGCAACAUGGACAAAGUAUCAGAUUCUUUAGAUUGUUGUGUGGCUGUUUAUUUCAAGGCUGAUGAGGCGAACCCCAACAGUGAUGAAGCAUGCUCUAAGAACCUUGAAGCUUACAAAAGUGCUCUAAACUCAAAAGGUUCAGAAGAUGCAAUGGCUAAUUUUGCUAGAUGGGAACCUGCUCAUGGCCUCUUCAGUUUUAACCAUCCAUGGAAACAGUACCUCAAAGUCAGUUCAGCACUUCGCAACUGUGCCUACUGCAUUGAAGCACUAAACAGUUGCCUCUAUGCAGAAAAUAAGUCCCCUGACUUUGUGAAGAGCCAUCUUGCUGAUACAUGCUCUAUUGUUAGCUCCAAUUCUUGCGACAUUAUCAAAGAGCUAGCACUGACUAUUAAAACCAUGACAAGAUCAUCUACAAUCGACAUGUCAGUUAUAAAAUUGAAUGAUUCAGUCCAACUUCUCCAUGAAAACUUAAAGUCCCUGUCUACUUUGCUGAUACCGGAAGAGGGGCCACAAAAUACAACAGAUGAAAAUGAGCAUAAAGAACCCGUUUUAACUGUUUCUCUAAUUGAAGUCAUCCCUUUAGUAAGUUUUGCGUCGUUGCUGAUAGACAUUGCUGGGAGGGUCGAAGGCCUUGUCCAAGCAGUUGAAGGUCUUGCUAAAUUGGCGGAUUUCAAGCCUGCAGCGGAAGAAAAACCGGGGCUCAAGUCAGUUAAUUAGGACAUGAAUGUGCUCAUGAAUUACUUAGGGUAAUAGAGGCAUAAAUCAUGACUUAAGUCACCACUAAGCAACCUCUAACCUGGAUUUGUGUUCAUAUUUGUAACUAUAAUAAUUACACUUGCCCUCCAAGUUGUUCCAUUCAUAGGACCAAAACACAGUUAUGUACAGAUCAGAUAAAUAUCCAUGAUAUUUGAGCAAUUUUACAAUCUAUUCC